CACCGGCAUCAGGUGUGACAUCCCAUCACUUGUGUCAGGGAGGAAGUAGGUUCCCUGAGUGCUGGCUUAGACGGGCCUUCUGUUGGAGAUUACUACAUUUUUCCUACUGCUGCGGGCACUACUGCUGCUGCUGUUGCGCCAGCUCCGCUGCUAGGUGGUGGCAUUCAUUUUUGCUUUUGAUGAUGCUGUUACGACAGACGCUGCUGCGACAGGUGUCUGCUGGAUUAGUGCUCUAACUUGACUCUUCUGACGCUACUUUUGAUGUUACGGCGGACUGUUCUGUUGAUAUUGCUGCUUCUUUAAUAGAAAGGUCUUUGUAGUAAUUUAAUAUUGUUGUGGCCUACUGUUAAUAUUUAUAGAAUCUUGGUGAGGUUAACUAUUGAAACUUCAGUUAAAGGUUCGCGAAGACCACAAAGUUUUGUUGACAGAAAUCUGUCUAACAAUCCGUGCUGCCGUUGAUCAGUUUCCUGUCUUGUUCGUGUUCCUUCUGCGAGAAGUAUUUAUCAAGUGAGCGUUCUUCCUUACCAUUCUGUUACUGUGUCUUCCAAUCUCGUUUUGCAUUGACUAACUUCAGCGAAACAUUGAGAAACAUCGCCUCCCUUCUUCUAACCACUUGUUCCAAGCGCCUCCUCUCUCCACUUGCUUGGAGAUCCUGCUUUUCAUCGAUAUCAAUAGAACUGCCACAAGCAGUUCUCCCUUCCAUCGUUCUCAUUAUAUGUAAUCGUUUAUUUGCUACGACAUCCAGUAACAUCUUCCAGGAGAAGCAUUUGUCACUAGGCAACCCAUUGUCUGCCAGAGUCAAUAAAAUUUCUGCCAGAGAUACAAGUAAUUCCCGUACUGCCCUGCUUUCCUCAACAACCAAAUAGUUAGUAACAUAAUCAUGAAAUAAUCCUCCACGGCACUACACUCAAGAGAUAAACAACAUCCUGUGACCGAGAGCUUCAGUCAAAAUUGUACAUUGUUAUUCUAUGAUUAAAACCAUUUCAGAAGUUAUCUGAUUCAGUAUACUACAUUUAAGAAGGAUCAGAUGAGGAAACCUCACCGGUUAGCGAAUAUACUGUCCAUGAAGACAGUAACAUCUGCAUGACUGUCCCCGAAAACUAACUUCAUCAACCCGUCCUAGAGAGGAAUGAAACCCGAGCUUAACUAUUAGUGUAAAAUCCAGAAUUACAUCUUAAGGAGCCACAACCCUUGAGGAAGAGGUUUAAGAUGGCGUGGACGAGCAAGCAGUUCAUCCUGGCUUUUGUGAUGGUCAUCACUGGCUCCAUCAAUACACUAUCUGCCAAGUGGGCGGACCUUAUCCAGUCAGUGAACAGGGAGGGCAACAAGGUCGCCUUCAACCAUCCUUUCUUCCAGGCUGACACCAUGUUUAUGGGAGAGAUGCUGUGUAUGGUGACAUUCUAUCUUCAGUUGGCGCUCUUCCGUAGAUCACACGGACAUACCAUAGAAAUGGCUCCCUACACCGAUCCGCCACCCUCGUUCCCUCGUCUAGUGUUCUAUCUACCAGCUGUCUGUGAUAUGACAGCCACCUCUUUGAUGUACGUUGGUCUCACCCUCACUUACGCCAGCUCCUUCCAGAUGCUCAGAGGCGCUGUGAUCGUCUUUACUGGGUUCCUCUCUGUGGCCUUCCUGGGCAGACAUCUCCGGUACUUCCACUGGCUGGGUAUCGUCACUGUCCUCGCUGGGCUGGUGGUAGUUGGCCUCUCUGACUUCUUGAGCUCCUCCGAGGACACCAGUGACAUCAACGGCAUCAUCACGGGAGACCUGCUCAUCGUGAUGGCUCAAAUAAUAUCAGCAACGCAGAUGGUGGUCGAGGAGAGGUUGUUAACCAAGUACAACGUGCCGCCCUUACUGGCUGUUGGCUGGGAAGGAGUCUUCGGGUUCCUGACGCUGACUGUGUUGCUGGUGCCUAUGUACUUCAUCCCCGCGGGGAAGUUCAGCGGCAACCAGCGAGGAGUGUUGGAAGACGCCGUAGAUGCUUUCAUCCAGCUCGCCAACAGCGGUGUCCUGGUGGCCGCCAUCGUUCUGAACAUAGUAAGCAUCGCGUUCUUCAACUUCGCCGGUGUGAGUAUGACGAAGGAGAUCUCUGCCACCACCAGGAUGGUCCUGGACUCCGUCAGGACGCUGGUCAUCUGGCUCGUCUCCCUGGCUCUCCGCUGGCAGGAAUUCCAGUACCUCCAGCCAAUUGGCUUCGCUGUACUGGUGGUGGGUAUGAUGUUGUACAAUGAUGUGGUCAUUGUACCAUUCUUACGUCGUCGUGGAAUCGUCAGAGACCAACAGAUGAACAUUGAACCUGUUCUGGAACCCACAGACGAGUGAGUGAGGUUCUGCCUAGACGAGAUUGAUGGAAAUGACAACGCUGGUAGAAGUGUUGAUCCAUACUAAAGUUGAUGUCACCACCUGCUGUCAUCUGACAUCACCUGCCACCACCUUCUCUGACCUGACACCCCUCACCCUGCCACUACCUGUUGUCACCUGACACACCCUGCCACCACCUACCGUUACCUGUCACCUGCCACACCCUGGCACCACCUGCUGUCACCUGACACCUCUGUUUUCCCGUUACUCUCAUUAUCCUUUCACACCAACGUCAACAGACUGCCACUCUGUCAACAAAGUUUACAUCUCUGUUGUAGCUGCGGGAUGAUCGCCCCCGCUCCUCGCUCUCACAGGAUCAAUAAUACACAGAUGCUGUGUAUCCUAUAUAUUUCACAUAAGAAUUCUAUCCUUCAAGAAAUAUAAAAGCAAAAUGUGUGAAAUAUUAACUGCAAAUUAAAUGGACAACUUAAGUAUAAUAAAGGCUUCUCAGUGCUCAGUAAUAACCCUCAUGGAGACAGUAAUUCGGAAGAUUAACUGAUCUGUAUAUUUCGUCUCCCUUCUGGGAUCCUCUUCAGCAGAGAGGCGAAAUAUACAGAUCAAUCAGCCUACUCAGUAUGUCUCCAUGUGAGUUAUAAUUAAGUACAAAUUAAAUGUUUAUUGAAUCAAUUCAAGUCGUAAUGAACGACCGUCAAUAAAUAAUAAAUGUUUAUGUUUUA